ACAAAUAAUCAAAGUGCAGCCAGAAAUCGAAGAUGCUUCUUCGAUCAGUAGUUCCAUAGUCUUCAUCACUAGGAAAUGUCUGAAGAUAGAGUAAUCUGAAGAACGCAUCCGUCAGUAAGAAAAAGAUAUUGAAGCAAAAUCCUCUUUUAAGUGCCAAGAACCAAUGCUCGGAACAAUUCCCUGCCCUGUGAAAUAAAUUAGAAAAAAAUGUGAACACAGAUUUAUUGCCAACGAAGAAACGAGGUAUUUCUCGUUUACUCACGAAGAAACAAACGAACCGAAAGCGAAGCAACGGAAAAUAUGCAUUAGAAGAAAAGUUGGCUCCCUGUUGGCUUCGCCUGGGGGGUAGCGAAAGUUCGAACGGCACCAUCGGUAAAGUGCACAUCCAAUCCGUUUAUUUGGCGUGAAGCGUAAAGUGCAACUGAGAAGUGGUCGGUUAAUCGCUUGGUGAAACAAAAUAGAAUUUACAAAGGCGAACGAGUCGAUUGGAAGAGGGGAACGUUUGUUGCGAGGUCCUUUUGAUCGCGAAAGUGUUUUCCUUCUGGGUGACGAGGCUACGAUGGUUACCUAAAGCAUGAUGGAAGUGUGCCACUGAAAAGUGUCAACUGGCAGAUCCUGGUUCAGGUUUAAGUGGAAUUCAUCACUGCGGAUGAGUCAGCGAAGUUGUCAGGGUACGGAGAAUGGAAAUCAAUAUGGACUACAUUUCAUGCCAUCCGUGAACAGCACCUUAACUAAUGGCUUAUAAACGUCCAGAUAUUGAACCACCUCAGAACGACAUCAACAACAAUCAGAUGAAGCCAGUGAUAAUGUUCUAUUUGUGUCCAUCAUCAACUCUAUCCGUAUCUACCGGCAUCGGAGCAUCAAUCCAAGUGUCACAUCAUUGAAUAGCAAUCCACCAACAUUGGCAACGGUGUCCUGUUUUCACGUGGACCCGCCCGCCGUCCCCAAUAGAGCGGCCCCCAAGGCAGGAUGACUUUUCAAAACUUUGACGACGGCAGUGGCUGGACAAACUCCACAACCACCGCAACCACCACCAUAAUCACAGCCCUGCUGACCACUUCCUUCAGGACAUCCGCGCCUGAACUGGAUGCGAGCCCAUCGUCAUUUACAUCGAUUCCGCUCGAAACCGGUUGGCUAUCGUUGUUUGACUAUGGUAAUGGCUCGACGCCGAAGGGUGGCCUCGAUGGACGGUGGGAUGUGGGCGAAAAUUACUCAACCUACGGCAAUCAUGGACUCACCGAAGGGGAAACGCUGCAUUACGACCGGUGUGACCCGCAGAACGAGAACUUUCAGUGCUCAAUCAAGGAGUUUCUGGAGUACGCCAGAGGACCCCAACAGAUGCCACUAUCGACCGCCCUGUUGGUGACCAUCCUCUUCACGGGUAUUCUCAUCACCGGCGUCGUGGGCAAUCUGAUUGUGUGUCUGGUUAUCAUCCGACAUCCCCAGAUGCACACCGCCACCAACUAUUACCUGUUCAGUUUGGCUGUGUCCGAUUUGAUUCUGCUGCUGCUGGGUCUGCCGUACGAAAUCAGUCUCUACUGGCACCAGUAUCCGUACAACCUGGGGCUGGUGUUCUGCAAAAUGCGCGCCCUCAUCUCGGAGGCGUCCACGUACGUGUCGGUGCUGACGAUAGUGGCCUUCUCGAUGGAGCGCUUCCUGGCCAUCUGCCAUCCGUUGCACCUGUACACGAUGUCCGGGCUGCAGCGUCCGGUGCGCAUCAUCGCCGGGCUGUGGAUCGUCAGCCUCUUCAGUGCAGUGCCUUUUGCCGUUUUUACCGACAUCGACUAUAUACCGUAUCCGCCGACCCAAGAAAAAAUCGAGGACUCGGCAUUCUGUGCCAUGUUGAGCAAUCCGGAAGGAAUUCCCCUGUGGGAGCUGUCGACAUGUCUGUUCUUCGCCGGGCCGAUGGUGGUGAUGAUUGUGCUCUACGGUCGGAUGGGAAUGCAGAUUCGAUCCCGAACGCAACGGACCGAGGAACUGGGGGUGCGAAAUGGCUCGGUUAAUGGUCCAUCACGGAUAUCCCAGUCGCGGAAAGCGAUAAUCCGCAUGUUAGCUGCUGUUGUGAUAACAUUCUUCGUAUGCUGGGCGCCGUUUCACGCUCAGAGGUUGUUGUUUCUAUACGCACGUGACUGGCAGCAUUUCAACACGGUCAACACAUGGCUGUUCUCCGUGGCCGGAUGGCUGUAUUACGUUUCGUGCACCGUCAACCCGAUCCUGUACAAUGUGAUGUCCCACCGGUAUCGGGUUGCCUUCCGGGAGACGCUGUGCGGCCGGCGGCGAGGCACCGGAUUUGCACGGGAUCAAUCGAGCUUCCGCGAAACGAUGGUAGACGUCAAGCUGGGCUGCGAGAGCACUAAGCUGCUCCGGGCUCGAUCGAUGAUGCAAUCGUCCAAGCGGUCACGAUACAAAGGCGGUCUCCACCCGACCAGUAGCGUGCGGUACAGUGCCGAUAACUACAUCCGGCGGAACUCCCUGCAGAUUGGUAAUCACAUUCCGGGAAGCCGCACCCCCCGUUCUCCCAGCUCACCAAACGACGUAGUAGUUAUGCUAGAAACCAAACUGAGCGGUCGAGCACGCUGCUUCACCACGCCGGCCACGGCGACCGCGACGACCAACUCCAUCGCCAAUGGCGAAAACACACACCUCAAGGUACCACUGAUAAGCAUCAACGGCGGCACGGAUUGCCUCGUAAACAAUGUAAAUAGCACCAACCCCGACAGUAACGUCAUCCUUCCAAACGACAGCAGCAACAUCAACCCUUGCAUUAGUAAGGAAAACAAUCAAUCCGGCGCAUCCACUCCGGAGGCGUCGUCCCAGGCGUCGACCAGCAGUCUGUCAAUCGAACCGACGACGACGGGCAAUGCAGGCAAGCAUCCGCCGCUCGACCGGAAGGGCGUUUUCCCAUCGGACGGAACGACGACGGCCAGCAACGGCUUCCACGAACAUCAGCAUCCAAAUCAUCAGCUAAUUAAUGGCAACGAUAGCGAUAAAAGCGGUAGCCAAAGCAGCGUGAAGCGUGAAACAUGCAUUUAACGGCAGCCUUUAGUGCCACUGCCAUCGAACACUACGACGACGACGACGACUAUCAUAGUUACAGUAAUCACACGAAAAACCGCAGCGAUAGGGCCCUUUAAUUUUCUCUCCCUUGAAUGUGGCAAUGUGAAAAGAACCAAAAGGAACUCAACCGAAUUGCAAUUGACUUUUGAAUUUAAUGAAAAAAAGUGGCUGAAAAAGAUGGAAUACAAGAAUUUCAAGCACCCCUUUAGCUUUUUUCUUGUUUUAUCCAACAAAACUCAAAUGUCGACUUCCAAACAACAGUACUAGACGCAAUGAUCUCCCAUUAUAUGUACACAGCUUGUUCUUCAUCUCUUUCUUAAACUUUUAAAUUGUUAAGAAAAUUAUUUUGAGCUUUUUAGUGGAAUGUCUUCACUUGUCAUAAGACGAGUUUGUACAAUCCCAUUUAACUCCACCACUUAAUUGUACCUUGACAGAUACGUAUUUCGACCUCAACAGUGAGGUCGUCUUCAGUGUCUCGUACUUAAGUGGUGGAAUUAAAUGGGAUUGUACAAACUCGUCUUAUGACAAGUGGUUUUAAAUUGUGUUAAAAUGGGUUUGGUGCUAACGGCAAGAGGGAUGAUGCCAAUUUCUGUAGCAAUGGUUCAACUACGUAUUUGAAACUCAACAUUGAUUUGUUCCGAUAUAAUCAAAAUCUAAUCUUGCUCAAGAAAUUGUUAGUGGAAUAAAAUAUUAAAUUUAAAAAAAAACACUUCGGGACUUUCAAAAACUCCUUAAGAUCUAAAAUUUGCUUUACGUAAGUAUUUGCUGGAUAGUAAGCGUCACCUACGGGCUACGCACUCACAGAAAUUCAUAGGGACUCUUGCGGCCACACAUUUUUUUUCCACAAAAUCAUAAAAACUCAUGAAACUCAACUAUAGGCUACGGAACGGCUCACAUUAAUGUCGAAUUCGUUUUUAAACCUGGGUCAGUGCCAACCCAAACCCUGAAUAAAAAAACAUUUUCAGUUCCAUCUGUCAUUGGAUAGGUUGUGUGGUGUGCGUAGCAUCGUGUUUGUUUUGAUUCGAACAUAUGAUUCAGGACAUCCAGUGCACUGGCAGUGCCUUGGCCUUGACUAAUCAGAUUAUGAUAAAUAAAUUUGUUUAAGUGUGUGAACUGAUUUUUGCGGAUAGUGGAAUUUACUUUUGGGCGGAUAUAAGUAUUUAAUUAUAUUCAAUAAUCCCGUACACAUUUUUAUACCAAGAAUUCCGUAUAGAAUUCAUGUAAAGAUGACUUUUGUUCUACAAGAAUUCAUCUAAUAAAUCCUAUUGAAAUUCUAAUCACUAUUUCUGCAAAGUUUUUUUUUUCCGGAAAACACUCAGAAGCAUAUAAUAAAAAUUUUCCAGGAUUCGCUAUUUUUUUCUUCGCCACCCCUCCUGAUAAAGGUAGCCUCG